AAAUAUUGGUGGGGCAACUGCCCUACCUGCCCCUUAGGCAGCGACGCCUCUGAAACAGCUGCAAUGAUCAUCACAGAGCAGAGCCCUAAGAGGAUACUUGAAGUAAGAGGACAUUAUUAUGAGCUGUUAACUCAUUGUAUACCACCUGAUAUUAUUUUUAAAAGGAUAUUGAAUGAGCUGGUUGCUAACUGUGAUUGUACACUGAAAGCUGAAGUGACUCAAUUAGCAGCUCAGUAUCAAGCACAGUCACAACUGGGUAGUAAAGCAAUCUUUCAUCUUGAGGCCUUCACAGCAAAAUUUAUGAGAAUGUAUAAACAAUUUUUAGAGGAAGGACUGGAGAGUAUGGGCUUCUGAUGUAAUGCAUGCUAUCACAGACACUAGAGAUUUCUUAAUACAAAUAUACUCAUUAUUUUGUCACACUGUGUACCCAUUAUGGUAUUUAGCUUAGCCCGGCAUAGAUAGUUGAGUAUACCAGUACUCUAAUAUGUAUAACUUAGCUUCUCGUAUAGACUCCUCACAUGUUUGACACUGGCAGGCAAUACUAGGGAUGUCAAACUACUGCUACAUUAAAAAAUAGAUUGAACAAUAAUUUGCUUUUUGCUGCCUUUUGGAUUGUCUUGUAAUUUUAGCCGAAAAAUGUCAUUUGGUUUAA